CCCACUCCACUCCCCGAUACCUCUCUCUUUAUCUCUCUCUCUCUCUCUCUCUCUCUCUCUCUCUCCAUUUAUUUAAACCAUCAUUGCCACUUUGCACGUUGAAAUGGUAGAUAGGUACCUCUCUCCUCUCAAAGUCUCGGCCUUUCGGAUGACGACGUAUAGAGUUUGCUUCUGUUUCCAGCGACGAUUCCGGCCGGCGACGAACGAGCCGCCGGAAGCGGUGAAAGAGGUGUUCCGGAGGUACUCGGAGGGCGGGGUGAUGGGGGCGGAGCAGCUGCAGCGGUUUCUGGUGGAGGUCCAGGGGGAGGCCAAGGUCACCAGGGAGGCGGCGCAGGACGUGAUCGACGGCAUGAGGAAGUUGAAGCACCUCAAUGUUUUCCAGAAGAAGGGGAUCUCCCUCGAAGCCUUCUUCCGGUACCUCACCUCCGACGACAACGCUGCCCUCUCCCGUUCUCUUGGAGUUCACCAAGAUAUGAGUGCUCCCUUGUCACACUAUUUCAUAUAUACGGGCCAUAACUCCUAUUUAACAGGGAACCAACUCAGUAGUGAAUGCAGUGAUGUCCCUAUCAUAAAAGCACUGCAAAGAGGAGUGAGAGUAGUUGAAUUGGACUUAUGGCCAAAUUCUUCAAAAGACAGUGUGGAAGUCCGUCAUGGGGGGACACUGACCACUCCUGUAGAACUUCUCAAAUGCUUGGAGUCCAUUAAAGAGCAUGCCUUUAGCGUAUCUCCAUACCCGGUCAUAAUUACUUUUGAAGAUCAUUUAACUCCAGAACUUCAGGCUAAAGUAGCUGAGAUGGUAACUGAUACUUAUGGAGAAAUGCUGUUUACUACAAAAUCGGAAUUUUUGGAAGAAUUCCCUUCACCUGAAGCAUUAAAAAUGAAAAUUUUAAUAUCAACCAAACCACCAAAAGAAUACCUUGAAUCCAAGACCAUCAAGGAACAAGACCAAGCAGUACAAAAGGGAACUGAAGAUGAAGCAUGGGGUACAGAAGUCCCUGAUCUUAGAGCUGAAAUGAGUGCUAUAAGUAAGAUUGAGCAUGAACAUAGUGUACACCACCAUGAAGAUGAAGAUCCUGAUGAAGGUGAUAAAAAACCACAUCAGAUAGUUGCGCCUGAGUACAAGAGUCUAAUAGCAAUUGCUGCCAAAAAAGGAAAGGGAGAGCUAGCUGAUGCAUUUAAGAUUGAUCUUGAUAAAGUAACUCGUCUUAGCUUAAGUGAGCUGUUGUUUGAAAAGGCUGUAAUUUCUCAUGGAACUGAAAUUGUCAGGUUUACUCAAAAUAAUCUAUUGAGGAUUUACCCGAAGGGUACACGUGUUACCUCCUCUAAUUACAGCCCAUUGCUUGGUUGGAUGUAUGGAGCUCAGAUGGUUGCAUUAAAUAUGCAGGGGUAUGGGAGGGCACUCUGGUUGGUGCAUGGAAUGUUUAGAGCUAAUGGAGGGUGUGGUUAUGUAAAGAAACCAGAUUUUCUGUUGGAUAAUGAUCCAGAUCAUGUAUUUGAUCCUAAAGGUACAUUGCCAGUUAAGAAAAUAUUGAAGGUGAGGGUAUAUAUGGGAGAUGGAUGGCGCUUCGAUUUUCAUCACACACACUUUGAUACAUACUCACCACCUGACUUCUAUACAAGGGUUGGCAUAGCCGGAGUCCCAGCUGAUACAGUAAUGAAAAGAACGAAAGCAAUUGAGGACAACUGGACACCAGUUUGGGAUGAAGAUUUUAUAUUCCCCUUGACUGUUCCAGAACUGGCCUUGCUUCGAAUUGAAGUUCAUGAGUAUGAUAUGUCUGACACGGAUGACUUUGCUGGCCAGACUUGUUUGCCUGUGUCGGAGUUGAGGCCAGGGAUUCGGUCCGUCCCGCUCUGCGACCGCAAGGGAGAGACUUUGAAGUCUGUAAAACUACUAAUGCGUUUCGAAUUUGAGAUCCCUGCAGAUUCUUGUAGCUGGAUUAUAUAAAGACCGAUGUGUGCAUAUGAUUGAAAGGCUUUCGACCUCCUGUUCUUAUAUUUGAACUAUUAUUCUAUUUAUUCCUAAUGAAAAAUAAUCUUCUUUGGAGAAUCUAGUUUUGGAUUACAGGAUUACUUUUAGGGGCAAGCAGCUAUUGAUUCAGUCGGUCUCGGUUUCCAUAUUCUGUAACAAUAUGCUAUGUCUUUCAUUUGAAACUAUUAAUACCUCCAUGCUUUUCUGAGACAACACUUCUCCUUUCGCAGUUGGCAGUUAGAAAAGUUCUGGUCUUCGUCCUUGCGCUGAUUGAUCGUUCGACAAGCCAUUAACAUCGGAUACUCAAAACUUUAACUCAUAGCUCUCUCUCGCAAAAUCAAUUGGAUGGAUAUUGGAGAAAGAAUCCCCGGAGGAACUGACUGAAACCUACAUUGCAAGUGUGUGCAACGCUGCCAUUUGCCAUCUAGCCCGCAUGCUUAUUUGUUAUGUAAGAUUUCUAUAUUCAUAGAGGAGUUUAAUAUUCAUUUAUACAGAAAGUUAAUUUUUUUAAAAAAAAAUGCAAAAUUUCAGUAACAUUUAUGUACCUAUAUAAAAAAAUUGCAAGUGCAUUGUAAAGUUGUUAUUUCAUA